UUUGUUUUUUGUCUCUUAGUGAACAUGAAGCAGGAGGCUUCAAGGAUGGAGCAGGAACACAAAGGAGGAUCCAGGCCUCGCUCAGUUAACCCUUCAUUUUGCGGCUUUCUGGCGCUCAUUGGCCGACUGCUUUUCUACAGGCCCGUUUGGACUAAGGAGAACCAGCAGCACCAUAACGUCAGGUUUAUGUAUGUGCAUUUUAGUGCCUGGCAUUUUGCAGGCAGUGACCUGCUUUGGGCUGGGAUAGCCAUACGUCUGUUUCAGGCCAUGCAGAUGCAUUUUGGGAAAUUACAGCUUGCACUCUACCGUGUGGUUCAACAUGAUGAAGAAAAAGAAGUCAAGGAGAAGAUACUGGAGGAUGGUCGUAACCACUGGAGAUCUAAAAAGGUUUGCUGCUGCCCUCUGUGGUUUCUCGUCCUGUCCAUCCUUGUGGUGCCAAUUAUAAUGCUGGCAUUCCUGUUGACUUUUGGCGUUCCCAAAGCUGAGGUGGAACCAGAUGAGGAGGAAACCCAGAUGGGUGUGCUGGAGGGCCUGGUCAUUGCUGCAAUAGGAGUGCCAGCAGCAAGUGCAUUAAAGUUUGUCUUUAUGAUGGGCAAGAAUCUCAUCUUUAACCAGGAUCUGAACAUCAAGAAGGGUAUGGACGAUAAGCAGGUCAGCAGCCGACUCGGUUUCAUGAAUGAAGUGAGGAAGGAAAUGUGGUUUCUGACUUGCUUCAUCCAGUUUAUGGAGGUGUUUGAGAAAAGAAGAAUCCGCGUGGUACUGAAGAUCACCAAUCUGGACCGGUGUUCCCCCCAGAAAAUUGUUGCAGUUCUUGAUGCCAUUAACAUCCUGCUUUCAGAUGACGAAAGUCCGUUUAUUUCCAUUCUGGCCGUCAACCCAGCUGUUCUUGUGCAGAAAGUGAAUUUUGCAGAUGGCUGCUUCAGCAAAGAGGACAGAGCAUAUUCACUGUUGAACCGCAUCGUGACUCUGGCUUUCACAGUCCCACCACUGUGUGAGGAUUCAAAGCGCAAUUUGUUUUACAGCAUCACCAGUAAUUCAAAAAACCCCAAUGCCAUAAGCCUGAGUGAAGAUAAAGAGAGAACUGUAGACCCUAAAAUGAAAUGUUCUCCACGUAUAGAUUUAGUGGAAGUUGCAAUCGAAAUGGAGUCAGAUCCAUUGAUGAAUGAAACUACACCAGCACUGGAUGCAAUAGAGGAUGUAGAAAAGUUGGUCAGGAUUAUUUUGGCCAGUAGUGAAAGGAAUCUAAACAAUUACAUGUUAGAUGAUGCCAUGUCUAUGAGAAGAGUGAUCAACUCCAUUCGAGUAACUGUGAUAAUCAUGAAAGCCUUGAAGAAGGAGCUUCCUCAAGAAGAAUACAUUGCAGCAUGGGUGGUCUUGGCCAGUCAGUGGCCUUGCCGCCUCAGCUGGAUCAUCCAGUGUGUGGAAGAUGCUCAGCAGAUAGCAGAUGUUGAUUGUAAUAAUGUGGCCAACAUUGACGAUUCAAAGACCUUGUGGACAGUCUUCAGUGAGUCAAGGGCAGAGCUGUAUGUGAUGAGUGCCCAGAUUGAAGACCUCCUGGAGCAAGAUGGAGAUCCUGAGAUGUUUGAAAGAUUUCUCAGCAUAGAUUUCAAAUUCACCAUAAAGGACCUGAAGACAUUUGAAGUAGCAACGGUGAACCUGGAUCAUUCAAUUCGGAAGGAGCUGGCUCAGAUCAGAGGGACAUCGAGACUGAAAGAUUCGGUUUGGAAGAGGGACCUUGUUCGUCUGCCGUUCCGAACUAUCAUCAAUAUGGAUACAGAUGAUGUAUGUAAAGAGUUGGAGAGGAUGAAAUUCCCCAGUAAAUAUGUCGACAUUGUGAGGAGCGAAGGCCUGAAUGGGUCGGCGCUGAUCUUUGGUGAUGCGGAUGACCUCAAAAAACUACUGAAAAUGACCUUUGGUGAAUGGGUAACUUUCAAACUGCACUUCCUGGGUUUACCAUCACAUUUCCGACCACAACACAAGAACAUGUUACCAACACCUUCUGAGUAUCAGAAGCAACUGCCUCAGUUUUCCCCUACAUAUUGCCCAUCACACCACUCACAGGUUAACAGUUCCAUAUAGGAACUCAAUUCAUUUCCAAUAAGCCAGAUUUCCCUAAAAUCAUGAUCUGCAUGUGUGACAUUUAUUAACAAUAUUUACAGUAACAAUAUACUAAACAUUUAAUGGAAAAUGUGUAAAUGUUAAGAAUAAGCUGGGGCCAGUAGUUUAUUUCAGAAGCAUUUUUGUUAUAUUUGCAGAAAAUCUUUAAACAUCCAAAC